AUUCCAUGGGAAAAGAAAGUUUUCCUGCAUCCCUGAGAGAAAUCCAGUUAUUUUCGGACAUCACGUCAGCGGUUAGAGUUGCAGCCCAGAAACUUCUUUCCAUCACCCAGCUCCCUUUCUUCUCUCUCUCUCUGAACUUGUUGCACAGCUGUGUUGUUCCUCGUUCUCACGCGCGGAGCCGCGCGCCUGCAGCGGCGCACACAUGAAGCGGCGGCUUGAGGGAAACGUCAGCAGGUUUGGUCUUGGAGCGGCUGGCAGCGUGACAUUGCAGAGCCCGCUGUGCUUUAAAGAGGGAUGCAUGGAGGCAGAUGACGCACUGAGCCACAGUCCCCCCCUCAGUGAGAGAGCGUGCACGAACGUCAGCUCGGGGAGGGCAAAGCCUGCUUAAAAUGCAGCGAAUGUGAGAGACGUGCCCACAGUCCAGACUACAGCAGCGCCUGGACGGGAAAGGUGAAGCGGGGAGGGGGCGGGGGGCACCAGCAGCCCACCCGCAGACGUGACGAGAAGGAGACCCACGGAGUCACCCAGCUGGAGUCCUGAGACGCACAGAGGAGGAGGAGGAGGAGGAGGAGGGGAGUCAGGGAGGACUGAGGGGCGGGAAGCGUCGCCCUUUCCUUGGGGGGGAACCAUGACAGUGGUGCCCGGGGAGAACCUGGAUGAGACUGUGGCGCUGGCCGCGCUGUCCGCCCAGGAUGUCUACGACCCGGAGAGAGCCGAGAACCAGGACUGCUGCGAGCGGGUGGUCAUCAACAUCUCCGGGCUGCGCUUCGAGACGCAGCUGAAGACUCUGGCCCAGUUCCCGUCCACCCUGCUGGGGGACCCGCGCAAGAGGAUGCGCUUCUUCGACCCGCUCCGGAACGAGUACUUCUUCGACCGGAACCGACCCAGCUUCGAUGCGAUCCUUUACUACUACCAGUCCGGGGGUCGGCUCCGGAGACCCGUCAACGUGCCGGUGGACAUCUUCAUGGAGGAGAUCAAAUUCUACGAGCUCGGGGAGGAGGUGAUCGAGAACUUUAAGGAGGAUGAGGGCUUCAUCAAGGAGGAGGAGCGGCCGCUGCCGGAGAACGAGUUCCAGCGGCAGGUCUGGCUCCUGUUCGAGUACCCGGAAAGUUCCGGACCCGCCAGGGGCAUCGCCAUCGUGUCCGUGCUGGUCAUCCUCAUCUCCAUCGUCAUCUUCUGCUUGGAGACCUUACCGGAGUUCAGAGAGGAGGCCCGGGUCUUUGAGGAGCUCAUCCUGUCCAAUGGAACCGCGCGCGCCGACCAGCCGAACCCCUUCACGGACCCUUUCUUCAUCGUGGAGACGCUCUGCAUCAUCUGGUUCUCCUUCGAGCUGCUGGUCCGGUUCCUAGCCUGCCCCAGCAAGCCCGCCUUCUUCAAGAACAUCAUGAACACCAUCGACAUCGUGGCCAUCAUGCCCUACUUCAUCACGCUGGGGCUGGAGCUGGCGGAGCACCAGGGGAACGGCCAGCAGGCCAUGUCCCUGGCCAUCCUCCGGGUCAUCCGCCUGGUCCGGGUCUUCCGGAUCUUUAAGCUCUCCAGGCACUCCAAGGGGCUGCAGAUCCUGGGGAAGACGCUGCAGGCCAGCAUGCGGGAGCUGGGGCUGCUCAUCUUCUUCCUCUUCAUCGGGGUCAUCCUCUUCUCCAGCGCCGUGUACUUUGCAGAAACCGAUGACCCGCAUUCGGGCUUCAGCAGCAUCCCGGACGCCUUCUGGUGGGCGGUGGUUUCCAUGACGACGGUGGGUUACGGAGACAUGUGCCCGGUGACUAUAGGGGGGAAGAUCGUGGGCUCCCUGUGCGCCAUCGCCGGCGUGCUGACCAUCGCGCUGCCGGUUCCGGUCAUCGUGUCCAACUUCAACUACUUCUACCACCGGGAGACGGAGCACGAGGAGCAGUUCCAGUACACGCACGUGACCUGCGGCCAGCAGCAGCAGCAGCAGCCGUUCGGUGAGUUCAAACGGACGGACAGCCGGCCGUCCCUGUCCAAGUCCGACUACCCGGACAGCGAGGACGCGGACUCCGUCAAAUACACCAACUGCAGCCCGCAGAAAGCCUUCAGCGGCAAACUGACGGACGUCUGAGCGCCUGGAGACCGGCGUCUGCUCUGCCAUCAGCGGGGACGAUUUCAGCUGGAGCCACGGGACGAAAACACGACCCUCCCCACCUCACCCCCCCGACACGGUCUUCCAUCCUGCAGGAAAACUGAUCAGUAGCACUUUAUUUACAUUAGUGAGCAGCUUUAAGGUUUACAUUCUCCUCAAAAGGGACCAAAUCUGACCCCAGCCUGCAAGGCAACAAGCAGGGUUUACUGCCCCAUAUGGUUAAAGCCUAAUAAACUCAAUUAUCAGGCUUGAUUUAGCUUUUCCGAUCCAACGGCGCCAUCUUGCGGUCAGUGCGGCUCACCGCGCCUUAGUGGCAGAGGCAGUUUCCAUGGCAACCUUCCAGACUUUUCUGCGUUGUCUGCUGCAGGAACAUAAGUGAGGCUCCAAACCACCAUGUUGUGGAAGCCUCCAUGUUGUUAAAAUCCACACAGACGCGCUUCAGAUACAAUAAACAGCUAAUUAUUAAUCUGAUUAAUUAAAAUUUUAAACCUCUUGUUGAAAAAAAAGUAAAAUAUUAUAAUCCUCAGCUUGGUGAUAUGU